GGGAGGGAGAAACAGUGUUGCAUCCAGUAGAAUCUUAUUCAGCAGUAGCAGCAGGCAUGCUUGAUGGUGCGGCAGAACCGCCUUUGUGUUCCCCGCUGCAGUGGGGGAGCGCAUUUAUCGUCUCGCCUGAGGGAAGGAGCCAAGAGUAUCCUCCAAUCAGCCGUCAGUGAUUUCUAUCAUCUUGCUGAUGGUGAUUUAUGUUGAACCUGAGAGAGGCACUUCACACUCUGACUCUACUCACCACCUGGAUGGAAUCCUCUCAACGCUUUUGUUCCUAAUUGUGGGUUGUUAAAAGAAUGACCAACAGACAAAAGGUGGAUUACUACAGAGCUGCUGCCUCACAUUCUUGAAUUUAUGCUCUUUCCUCCCUGCAGCACAAGAUGGAUGAACUUUCUUUUUCUGGGGCUCUAGUUUGAGCUUUGUUUAGGUCUGUGAGGACACAGAGGGACAGAAGUGAUUAUUGCAAUAAUCUGGAAGAGGGAAUCUCAUAUCCUUCCUCAUCAUUACAAUUUGCGUAUCCUCUCUUUCUAUCCUCCCUGAGUCUGUUGCAUCCUGUGUGAGUCCAUACCUGUUGACUCAGAUCAUUCACAUGGCAGGCUCUGGGUUUCAAACUGGAGCUUUUACAGUAGUAGCCAGAGGUGAAAGUACCAGAGCAAAAGAGGAGCGGCACCUGGGAAAGGACUGAAGCAAUCCUUCUAAACCUGGAAAGUGAAGAAGGUGGGAAGGGAAAAAGAAGACCAGGAUGGAGUCAUGCAAAACCUAACCUGAACCUAACUACUCCACGCUUAUGAAGACAAACAAAGAUUGUUGUACUCUGUGAUGGGGACAGAAACAGACGGGAAGACAUUCAAAACCUUUUUGUAAAUGUAUGGAUCACUACAGGAUGGUAAAACUUGAAAUCUGACUAAAAAGAAGAGAGGAACAGGACACAGGGACAGGGACACAGACUGUUUUUGGGAACAGAGAACCUCUGGGAUUCAUAAUCCGCGGUCCCCUAACAUAAGAGGGGUCUACACUCAGACCCUGUAGGUUGCUGGGGAGCUCUCUCUGACUGCCACACCCAAAGGGAAAGAGGGGUGUUUUCAGGUACUGACCUCCUGGACUGGUUUGGCCCCACCUGGCCUGAGUCCAGGUCAUCAUGGGGUGCAACAUGUGUGUGGUUCAGAAGCCUGAGGAACAGUACAGGGUCAUGUUCCAGAAGGGUCAAAUAAGUAACCCGCUGUGUCCUUUUGACGGAGAAGGUCGAUUGAAGGUGAAUGGUAAGGAGCUGUCCUGUCUCUCACGGGACCCCACCCUGGAUGUGCGAGACCCCCUGCUGUCUCACGUGUUGAAAAGGGGGGCCCGGCGGCGGGCUGGUCUGGCAGGGCAACUAGUGGGGCUGGAUGGGACAGCAGCAGUUCCAGGGGGGCUGACUGACUGUGUGGACAGCGGCACUCAGACUGACAUCAGCUUCCAACACAUGUUGACUCUGGGAAGGACCUCCCACCACCAAGGUGGAGCCCCGCCCCCUCACCCGCCCCCCUCCCCUCCACUGCCACCCAUCCUGGAACCCAACCUGCUCAACGAGCUCCUUUUAGAGCCUGAAUAUUAUGACCCCAAUGACUACUUUGACAUCACUCAGCACGAGGUGGAUCUCAGGCAGGAUGAGUUGGAGUACGAGGAAGUGGAGCUGUAUAAGUCUCGUCAGCAGGACAAACUGGGGUUAACGGUGUGCUACCGGACAGAUGAUGAGGAGGAUCUGGGGAUCUAUGUGGGCGAGGUCAACCCCAAUAGUAUAGCUGCUAUGGACGGCCGUAUCCGAGAGGGGGAUAGAAUAUUACAGAUAAACGGGGUGGACAUCCAGAACAGAGAGGAGGCGGUGGCCAUUCUGACCCAGGAGGACAGCACCAACAUCUCCCUGCUCCUGGCCCGGCCUGAAAUAGAGAAUGACAACCAGCUCGACCCAGAUGAACUGGACCUGGAGGUUCUGGAUAAUGCUGUCCACCUUCCCAGCCCCCAUCAGCUGAGGAACAGGGCCUCCAUGCUGGGUGAAGGACCAGGGGUCGUGGGUGGGGGUGGUGUGGUGGUGGUCCGUGGGCGAGGUCACCGUGACUCUCCAGGCCUGCUCCACACGUUGCUGAGUAACAGCCAGGAGCUGGACAGCGGGGUGGGCCGUACAGACGAGAGUACCCGCAAUGAGGAGUCCUCAGAACACGACCUACUAGGAGAUGACCAGACCAGCGCCCCCACCACCAACGCCACCAACACCCCCGGCAGCAUGCGCAGGUUCCACUCUGGCCAGGGGGACAGGGACACCCCACCCCUUCUACAUGGCCACUCCACAGAGUUCCACUUCAGCACUGACUCUCUACUGGGUCUGGACUGUCUGGGUGGGGGAGGAGGUGGUGACCUGGCAGGGGAGAGGGUCUACGCAGCUGACCCAGUGAUGAUGAUGAUGCCGGGUCUGACAGAAGAAGAGUGUGAGAGGUACAGGGAGCUCCUGGAGAUCAAGUGUUAUUAUGAGAAGAACAGCAAUGCUCUUCUGCUGCUAGGGGAGCAUGGGGGUCAUGGGGGACAGGGGAGUCAUGGGGGUGAUGGGGGGGUUCCUCUGGAUGUGAACAGGAAUGAGACCCUGAUGCAGCAUGAGAUGGCCCUCGUGGAAGAGGAGCUACGCCACCUGGAGUUCAAGUGUCGUAACAUCCUGAGGGCCCAGAAGAUGCAGCAGCUCCGGGAGCGCUGUCUCAAGGCAUGGCCCCUGGAGGAAGAAAGUGGGGCUGGAGGUGGGGCCGGGGCUGGGCGGCUGGCUCCUUUGGUUAGUGAGGAGUCCUGUCACCAUGAGCUGUCAGACAUUAAUGAGCUGCCUGAGAGGGAGCGCUCCGACAAGGACAGCACCAGCGCCUACAACACAGGAGGGGAGAGCUGCAGGAGCACCCCUCUGGUCAGCGAACAGUAUCCCUCCCCCUCUGCACAUGGCCACAGCAGCUUGGAGGGGGGAGACUCUGCCUCUUUGCCGUCUCGGACCCCCAGCCGGCACAGGGAGAGGGGAGGCAGGGGUGAGAGGGGGCAGGCUAACCUGAACCAGCCCUACUCCCCUAGCUCACACAGGAGGGGAGCGGAAGUUAAGACCUCUAGCCCGAGAGGGGCCAAGUUCAGAUCCCUGUCCCGCGACGGGGGGGCAAGGAGGGGGUCAGACGGAGGGGUGAGAUGCCCCAAAGCCAAUGGGACAGUGGAGGGGAGGGAAGGGCGUAGCGCUGAGAACAGCCCUUAUCUGUCCCGCCGCCACUCUGGCUCCAGAAUCCCCUUGCGCUACCAGAGCUGCAUGCAGCUGAGGUCCCCCUCCACAUCCGAGGGCCUGGAGAGACCCAGGGAUGGCAGCGAGAGUCCCAUGAGCCUGGGGAGCACAUGCAAGGACAUCCCCCAGGGCCCUGUGUCCAUGCCAUCCUUACCCAUCCCCCCUCCCCUGCCUCCGCCGACCUCGCCGCGUAUGGAGUGGAAGGUCAAAGUACGCAGCGACGGAUCCCGCUAUGUUGCCAAGCGGCCCGUUAGGGACCGCCUCCUGAAGGCCCGGGCCAUUAAGAUCCGGGAGGAGCGCAGCGGCAUGACCACGGACGACGACGCCGUCAGCGAGAUGAAGAUGGGCCGCUAUUGGUCCAAGGAGGAAAGGAAGCAGCAGCUUCUCAGGGCCAGGGAACAGCGCAGACGCAGGGAGUUUAUGAUGCAGAGCAGGCUGGACUGCCUGAGGGAGAGGGACAGGGAGUCCAGUGGCGGUGGACAACAGGGGGCUCCGCAUGGACAGGAGCCCACUACCAUCCUGGAGCUGAGCCACAGGAGGAGCCAGAAGAAACGGAGCCGUAGGAUCCUGGACAACUGGAUCACCAUCCAGGAACUGCUGGCCCACGGAACCAGGUCACCUGACGGCAAGAAGGUCUACAACCCUCUGCUGUCAGUCACCACUGUCUAAUGGAGAGGGUGGAAGACCGAGAAAGAAAAGAGAGGAGAGGGUGACCAACAAAGUGAGGUAGAGAGGAAGUGUAGGAGUGAUUGAAAUAAAUGGUCCAGAGGAAGUGGGUUGCUUUGGAAAGGGAAAGAAACCAACUGUCUACUGUGAUCUGUCACUGCAUAUUGGAGAGAGAUUGGGUGAUAGACUGUACAACCUUCUCCUUAGUUACCAUCAGCUGUGACGAAGUAAAAGAGAGGGGAAGGGAGAGUGGUGCAGUGUAGAAGAGAACAUAAUUACCAGUAACCCAUAUUGCAAGCUGUAAUUUCUGCCUGAGAGAAUUAUGAAUGUAGGCAGGUAGGCAACAGAAGUGAAAAGAAAGCGCUGGUGAAAUAAACCAAUCUGUAGCUAUUGACCAGCAUUUAUUUGCUAUACCAUUCUUAUAAGGAUAGUGCCAUGAAUGCCCACUGAUAAGGUUGUGAAUGGCAUUUACAGAGUAUACAAAGGACAUUGGCCAACAAGAACAAAGUAAAGGACAAAAUGACUGACUAAUGAAUGAAACGUCGACAUUGUGGUAAGAUCUGAUAAGCACGUUUCAAUAUGAAUAAAUUGAGAAGCACAGUGAGGGAAAAAAAGCACACCAAAUCCCACAGCACAGGAAACAUGACAACUCCAUCUCUGGUGGUUGAGAGUUGAGGAAAUCUUCUUGAACGUGUCUUCUUGAUGGCUGGUACGAUGGUAUUCUGCGAUGGAGUUACUUAUACAGUAUGACAGCACAAUCUGAGGAGUUGAAAGUAGUUCUUUGACAUUUGAUUACUUGCAUGUUGACUAUAAAUGUUAAAAGUAACAUACUUCAAAAAACGUGACAAAAAGUUGGUGUGAAAUUGUGGAUGUGACAUGUUCUUAAUUUGUUUAAUUCUUAGACUAGAAAACAAUGUGGCUGUUUGUUCAGUAUACUGUGAUGUCUGGUCCAUAAAUGUUUUACAAUAAAAGCUUUUUAUAUAA